AUCUAAUUUCGAACAAAAUCCGACAUUCGCAUAUUCUUCUAAGCCAAAAUACAUAAGGAAAUUCCUGUCUACCUAUGUUUACAGAGCUUUUGCGUUCGAAGCAAUAAUUUGUAAUGGCCAUGAUGAUGACAAUGCCAAUGGCAAUGGGGAGCCUCAGGAAUCUAAAUUUACGUCAAUUGAUGCACUUUUCUCGGACGACUUCCUUCUUUUUCCCGUCCGUUUGUCCUUCUAUGGUUAAAAAAAGGACACAUUACGACAGAAAAAAAUGCAGUACAUUUCCUGUUGCUUCUGCUUCUGCUUCACAGGAGAAUUGUGCCAAUGAAAGGUUGGAGCUGUCAUUCGUUGUUGGCACUCAGCUCAUUCCACAUCCUGAUAAGGCUGAAAAAGGUGGAGAAGAUGCACUAUUUGUUAGCAACUAUGAUGGGGGUGUUCUUGCAGUUGCUGAUGGUGUUUCUGGUUGGGCUGAUGAAAAUGUAGAUCCAGCUGUCUUUCCUAAGGAGCUGAUGGCUAAUAUAUUGUAUAGCCUUGAUGAUGAGGUGAAUGGUGAUCCCCAAUUUCUACUGCAGAAGGCACAUGCAAAAACCUGUUCGACUGGUUCAGCUACAGUAAUUGUUGCAAUGUUGGAGAAACAUGGGACGCUUAAAAUUGCAAAUGUUGGAGAUUGUGGACUCCAUGUUUUUCGCAAAGGCCAGAUAAUAUUUUCUACAUCUCCACAAGAACAUUACUUCGAUUGCCCUUUCCAAUUGAGUUCUGAGAUUGCUGGCCAAACAUACAAAGAUGCAAUGGUGUACAGCACAGAUAUAAUGGAGGGCGACAUUGUUAUCCUGGGAUCAGAUGGACUUUUCGACAAUGUUUUUGACCAUGAAAUAGAAAGUGUGAUUAGUAGGUAUGGAGGUUCUGAGCCAGAAUUUGUUAAAAAGGCAGCACAUGCAUUAGCAGAUCUUGCAAGCACACAUGCGAGGGAUAGAACAUUUGAGUCGCCUUACUGUUUGGAGGCCAGAAUCCAGGGACAUGACAUUCCGAUGUGGAAGAAGCUACUUGGGAUGAAAUUUACAGGAGGGAAGCUGGAUGAUAUUACUGUAAUAGUGGGGAUGGUGGUUAAUGCACCAGUGUUAUCAGAACCAAAUAGCCAUCUUGAUGUAGUCAAAGAAAUUCCAAAUACAUUUUCUGAGGUUGGUGAAGCAGAAUCUUCAUUACAUGACAAGAGCCCAAUGAAGGAAGGCCAACCAAAUAUUGGAAAAUCAAUAACAAAUAUCAGUUAACAGUCAGUCCUAUGGCAGCAAUAUUCAUAAAGAAACAAAGCAUGAUUUAUAAUAGCAUUUAUUGUCAUCCAAAUGUAAGUUUCUUGCAGAAAUUUGGGAAAAAGGAACUUUAGCGUUCUAGGCCUUGUAAGAUGCUCAGAAAUAGCAAAUGAGUGGUUUUCAUCUUAGUAUCCAUACUCGUGAACUACCAGGGUAUGAAAUCAUAGCCAAUGGUGGUUUUAGUUCAAAGAAGCAACUGUCUAGAUGGCACCAUGCAAGGAGGAUGAUGACACUGCAACUUAUUUGAGUGAUUUGACUGUAAAAUGUUCAAGGAAACGACAAUCGAUCCAUUAUCUUUGCAAAUGGUAAAUUCAUGAAGAUCUUGAUUCUUUCUUCUGACAUCUCAUCCGCUUUCUUAUUAGGCAGAUAGGAAACGUUGCCAAUCCAUCUGAGGAGCUCCAGAUCCAGUUAAUCUCUAAGAAAAUUAUGCUUAAUCAUCUCUUGUUUGCAAGCAAUAGAACUUGCAUACAGAAGUACAUAGCCUGUAAGUCUUGAUUAUCCAUUUGAGGGUGUUGAGAACAUGGAGAACUGCUCUCUCGAGCAUCCAAUUUUUCAUUGUGCCGUCGCACAUCAAUUGAUUUCCAACAUUAUUUGUAGCAUGACAAUGACUAGCAUGACAAAAUAGAACAGAGCUUCCAUGUUGUGGCUCUUUAGCUCA